AUGGCCACUCUUCUUCCUCCACCUAGCAAGCGCCAAAAGCUUGCCCAGGCCGAAAAGGCCCGGGAGCAGCAAGAGAUUGACAGUAUCCCUACCGACUUGGGCAGUGUUCGCGUUCAAUUCUAUGAUCAAGCCACGGGGAAUGCUACGGGACCCGCGGUCUCGGUCCCUGUUGCAGAUGCAAAUAUCAAAAACCUCGAGACAUUGUUGAACACUUUACAAGGCAAUGAUGACGACGAUCGAGUACCAUAUCGGUUCACAUAUCAAUCCGAUAAGAAAGAUGGACAAACAAUUGACAUCCUAGCGGACUUGUAUCAUUCGCUUCUUCAACCUGGGAUCAAAACCACCGAGGACACUGUCCCUCUCUUUUUCACUCCACAAGCUGUCUUCCGUGUGAAAGCCGUCUCUCGAUGCGCUGCAUCCAUCGCUGGCCACGGCGAAGCCAUCCUUGCAACGCAGUUCUCGCCCAUCAAUUCGUCCACAAUGGUAUCGGGCAGCGGGGACUCCACCGCUCGAAUCUGGGAUUGCGACACAGGUACCCCACUCCACACCCUUAAAGGGCACACCAGCUGGGUACUGGCGGUGGCAUACUCGCCCAACGGCGCUAUGAUCGCGACGGGUAGCAUGGACAAUUCGGUGCGCUUCUGGGAUGCCAAGAAGGGCGAGGCGCUGGGUGCGCCAGUGAAGGGUCAUUCCAAGUGGAUCACCAGCCUGGCCUGGGAACCCUAUCAUCUGCAGGAAUCUGGACGCCCUCGUCUCGCCUCGGCCUCCAAGGACUCGACCGUUCGGAUUUGGGACGUCGUCUCGAAGCGCAUCGAGCACGUUCUCACUGGACACAAGGGCUCGGUCACCUGCGUCCGAUGGGGUGGCACCGGUCAGAUCUACACUGCCUCGCAUGACAAGACCAUCAAGAUUUGGAACCCUAAGGAUGGCACUCUGAUCCAAACGCUGGCAGCACAUGCGCACCGCGUGAAUCAUCUGGCCUUGUCCACCGACUUCGCUCUACGCACUGCUUACCAUGACCAUACCGGCAAGGUGCCCGUGACGGAGUCGGAGAGGGUAGCCGCUGCCCGCAAGCGAUUUGAAGAAGCGGCCACGGUGAACAACAAGAUUGUGGAACGAUUGGUGUCCGCCAGUGACGAUUUCACCAUGUAUUUAUGGGAUCCAGCCGCAUCCAACAAGCCCGUGGCGCGAAUGCUCGGUCAUCAGAAGGAGGUCAACCAUGUCACUUUUUCGCCCGAUAUGGCCUACAUUGCAUCCGCCGGAUUUGAUAAUCACGUGAAGUUGUGGAACGGUCGCGAUGGGAAAUUCAUUACCACUUUCCGUGGUCACGUUGGUGCUGUUUAUCAGUGUUGUUUCUCGGCCGACUCCCGAAUGCUCGUCUCCUCGUCUAAAGAUACCACCUUGAAGGUCUGGGAUGUGCGCACAGGCAAGCUCGCCACCGAUUUGCCCGGGCACAAAGACGAGGUCUUUGCAGUGGAUUGGAGUCCCGAUGGACAAAAGGUUGGAAGUGGAGGCAAGGACAAGGCAAUUCGAAUCUGGCGAAACUAG